AUGCUGAGCUCCAGGCUGCUGACCCUGGUCCUGGUGGUCCGGCCCGGCAGGGUGCUGCUGGGCAUGAAGAAGAGGGGCUUCGGGGCCGGAAAGUGGAACGGGUUCGGGGGCAAAGUUCAACCUGGGGAGAGCAUUGAAGAUGCUGCUAAAAGGGAGCUCCUGGAGGAAAGUGGCCUCACUGUGGACGAGCUGGAGAAGGUUGGAAAUAUCAAAUUUGAGUUUGUUGGAGAAACGCAGCUUCUGGACGUCCACAUCUUCAGAGCUGAUGCUUUUCAUGGGGAGCCGACAGAAUCAGACGAAAUGAGGCCCGAGUGGUUCGACAGCAACAAAGUUCCCUUCAGUCAGAUGUGGGCUGAUGAUGUCCUGUGGUUCCCUCUGAUGUUCCAGAAGAAGAAAUUUGUGGGAUACUUUAAGUUUCAGGGCGACGACGUGAUCCUCAGCCACACACUGGAGGAGGUGCAGGAGCUGGAGGAGGUGCAGGAGAAAUAA